GCUCCAACCUGGAGGCACCUACAUCUUCCCAAGAUUCAUGCUGUGCUGUUCGUGGAAGGUUUCCAGCACCCCUCUGGUGAGCUCUGAUGGAGAACGAAUCCUUCAGCGUCAGCUAUAAGUUAACUCUGGACCCAUUUUUUAUUCCACCUGGUGGAAAGUAUCCCAUCUUUUUCCUGGGCAUUGCUAUCUAUUCAUUUUGUGCGUUCUGCAACCUGACCUUACUGUCCGUCAUCGUCAUGCAAAGGAACCUUCACAAACCCAUGUAUUUUAUUCUCUUCAGCCUUCCUCUCAACGAUCUGAUAGGAAUCACUGCGAUGCUCCCAAAGGUGCUGUCAGACAUUGUGACUGAGACAAACACGGUCUUUUACCCCCUCUGUGUUAUUCAGGGGUUUCUGCUCCACAUGUACGGAGGCGCGGUUCUCUUUAUUCUUGCGGCUAUGGCCUUUGAUCGUUAUGUUGCCAUCUGCCAGCCGUUGAGGUACAGUACUAUAAUGACACCCAGGAAUGUGGCGGUCAUUAUUUUACUGGUUUGGGGUCUUGACCUCCUCUUGAUCCUACUGCUGUUCUCUCUGCAGAUAAAGCUUCCCCGGUGUAGAUCCUCCAUAAUGAAUGUGUUUUGUGAUAACCCCUCCCUUCUUAAACUCACCUGUGGUAAUACUACACUGAAUAAUGUCAUAGGACUGUUUAACACUGCAGUCAUGCAGGUUAUAAGUGUGUCCAUUCAGAUUUUUUCCUAUGUGAAGAUUCUGAUCACUUGCUUAGUUACAAGAAAGUCUGACGCUAAGAGUAAGGCUUUGAACACCUGUGUGGCACAGUUGGUCAUAUUCUUCAUAUUUGAGGUUGUAGGAACCUUCACAAUUUUAUCACACAGAUUCAAGAUUGUCUCAGCUGACUUGCAAAAGAUUAUGGGCAUGCUCAUCUUUCUAGUAUCUCCACUUAUGAAUCCAAUUGUAUACGGGCUGAAUGCAAGUGAAAUACGAAUCACCCUACUGAAAGUAUUUCUCAACAAAGUAUCAGUCUGAACCAAUUAUAAACAUGUUCUGAUGAUGGUGGUUUACAGUAACAAUUUAGCCAGAUGUGGGGCAGUGUAUUGUUUCUGCACAGAACACAUGAAACGAAUAGUUACGUAAUACUUCCUAUUGGUAGUUCAUCACUAUUUCUGUGCUUUGUAUUGGUAAGCAAUUCAAAUUAUAAACAUUGUGGUUCGAGCCCUGAAUGCUGAUAUACCAUGGCUGAAGGUUGUGUUAUAUCAAACCGUAUACCACGGGUAUGACAAAAUAUUUAUUCUUACUGCUCUGAUUACAUUGGUAACCAGUUUAUCAUAGCAACAAGGCACCUCGGGAGUUUGUGGUAUAAUUCCAAUCAAAUCAAAUGUUAUUGGUCACAUAAUGUUAUUGCAGGUGUAGCGAAAUGCAAUAUACCACGGCUAAGUGCUGUAUCCAGGCACUCCGCGUUGCGUCGUGUGUUAGAACCGUGAUAUAUUGGCCAUACACCACACCCCUUCUGGCCUUAUUGCUGAAGUAUACCAUAGCUUCAAAUCAUUCAUCAAACUAUCAUUUCAACCUCAUGGACUGGCAGUCCCUGAAUCCCUAAAAGUGACUGGUAGUUGAAAUUAGAGAUUGUGCUUUUAAGUUGUAUCCCUUUACCUUAUCUUUAUUUACAUCUCAAGGUUUCUUGGUAUUUUUUGUUUGUAUUUUAUUGUAUUUUUUUCAUCAUCAGAAAGCAUUUACAUAUGUUUCCAGAGGGAAACAUACAAAGUUAAACAUUAAGGUAAAAUAUGGGAGGGAACACUUGAAAAUAUAUGUUAAGGUCUAAUCUGUGAUUGGUACAUCCAUUUUUGGACAUUAAAAUUAAUUAACAAUACCCAUUGGUUCUUGAAGAAUACAGUAUAAUUAUAAAUGCCUCAUUAUCUUAGUUCAAGUGUAGUACCCACAUCAGGACCCAACAUAUACGCUUGUUUCACUCCAUUGUAAACAAACACUCAUGGUUAAAACUAUCAUUUUGAUAUCAUGGAUGGUCACUUCUUGCAUCUAUAGCUCUGUCUAUAAAUUUGAUAAAGAUUACAGUUAUCCAGACCAUUUUCUAGCUCAGUUGGUAAAGCAUGGUGUUUGUAACACCAGCAUAGUGGGUUUGAUUCCCGGGACAGUAUGACUAUAAGUGGCUUUGGAUAACAGCAUCUGCAAGUUGGCUGUUUACCAAAACAGUGGUGAGUUGUCACUUAGUUUGUCACAGUUUACUUCUGUUGAAGGAAAGGCGGACCAAAACGCAGCGUGGUUUGUGUUCAUCUUGAUAUUUAAUUAAAGAAAGAACUGAACACUGAAUACAAAAACAAUAAACAAAUAACGACCGGGAAGCUACAAAUGAGACCCGUGCUGACAAAAGCAACUAACAUAGACAAUCACCCACAAACAAACAGUGCAACCCAGGCUACCUAAGUAUGAUUCUCAAUCAGAGACAACUAAUGACCCCUGCCUCUGAUUGAGAACCAUACUAGGCCGAAACAUACAAAUCCCCAAAUCAUAGAAAAACAAACAUAGACUGCCCACCCAACUCACGCCCUGACCAUACUAAAUAAAUACAAAACAAAGGAAAUAAAGGUCACAACGUGACAUUGUUAUUGUUUGAGCUGCAGAUUGCCCUUAAAAGUAAAUAGUAUAAAUACUAUUUUUUGCCCUUGAUUUGUAUAGCACAAGGAGUAAUUUUGCUUGUAUUGUUCCCCAUAACAUUUUUAUUUAAUAUUUUAUUGUUUUCUAAAUGUACAAUUUAUUUUCUACUUUGGACUCAAUUCAAUCUGUAAAGCUGAAACAUAACAGAUUCUGCGAUAUAAAUGUAAAAGUACAUUUUCAAUACAGCCGUCACACUGUAUGCAGGCAGUGUUUACUGUGAAUGCUGUCUCCGCUAAAGAGAAAACACUUUCAUUUUCAAUCACACAGUAAAGCUGAACUUCACUGGUAUUGAUUGAAUAGAGCCCAUUGUAGUUUUGGGAAAUUUUAAAAGUGUUGUAGUUAAUAUGUGCUCAUGUGGUGAUUUUACAAUAAAGCCUUUUCAUAGGUCAUUACGGAA